UUUUUGCCGAAAAAGUCACAUCUGAUCUGACAUGUAAAUAUGGCUGAUGAUGAAGAUUCUCCGUACAUCGUAUAUGUUGCUAGUAAAUCCGAAGAUAAUGAUAAUGCUCUAGAGCACAAUAUCGCAAACGAUGCAGAAGUAUAUUAUGCCGAUGAAGAAUAUCUUGAAAUUUCACAAGAAGAAGAUGAAAAUUAUUCUGAAGGUCCAAACCAAUCGCUGAAUGAUGUGGAUAUGUUGGAUUAUCCCGGAUCAUCAAUUUCUACCAAGCAGGAAGCAAGAAGUGUUUGCUCAACUAUACAACCAGCUGUAUUCCGAUGGACUCACCAAGCCACCCUCCACCUCAUUGAAGCUUACCAGUCCUUCGAAACCCCCUUAGUUAGUGGUGAAAUGAAUAUCAGUCAAGUCUGGGAUCAGGUUGCCAAGAACCUACAAACACAGGGAGAUCCGGUCACACCUCAACAGUGUAAAAACAAGUUUGGUAGUCUGAAACAGAUUUAUGAAAAAAUGAAAGAGCAGGAAUGUAACUCUGGUGUCUCAGUGAAGAGAUGGAUUUAUAUGGAUCUGGUGGAACCGAUUAUGAAGGAGAUGGAAAAAUAUAGAUCAUAUUCAAAUGACGCAUGGGACUCGCCGAAAUGCAAGGACAUUAACCAACUUAAUAUUAACACUGACGAUCAUGAACGUAUAAUGCCAGAUGGUAAACAAACCUUACAAAACAUAUACAAAUGGGAAAACGCAGAUAUCCUCUCCCUAAUAGACCUGUAUCGCAAAUAUCAAGGAGCGCUCGACUCCGGAUCGAUAUCACAGAAAGUUCUCUUCAGACUAGUUGAAAAGGACAUGCAGAAUAAAGGUUUCAAUGUAACAGCCACACAAUGCAUGGUCAAGAUUCAUUCACUAAAGAAGACAUAUAGGAGCAUAAAAGAGUAUAAUCAGGUGAAUAGGUUGAUACCAAGGAGAUGGAAGUACUACGAUCUGAUUGAUUCGAUAAUACAUGGGAUGCCAGAUACAAACUAUGACCCUUUGGAAGAGGUGUCGGAAACUUUGGCGGAAAUAAAAUCUGAGGAAGCCACACCCACUCAUAUCUUUAAAUGGAGAAGAAGAUCCAUAGAGAUACUAGUCAACGCAUAUCGGGAACACCGACCGCCUUUACACGACACCAAAGCUACGCGUCAGAAAGUUUGGCAAAUUGUCGUCCAGAAACUUCGCAAAGAAGGUUACGACGUCUCCGUCGCUCAAUGCAGAAGUAAAAUAUCGGGGAUGCUAAAACUGUUUAGGAGGAAUAAGUCUGGUGCAGGUGGGAGGGCGUGGAAACGCGGUGGGUGGUAUUCGAAGCUUAUAGAAUCUUUAGUAGAUAAUCCUAAAAGGGAAGCUCCUAAAAGACUGUCUGAGACACGAAGGGCGGAAAGUGUAUUAGAACAGCUGAUUAUUUGCGAAGAGAAUAGGGAAAGGCGACAUCGAGAGAAUAUGGAGCAGAGGCAACAGUUGAUAGAUAUUAUGGGACAGUUGUUAGAAAGGCUGAGUUGAGGCAUAGAGGAAUAAGUAAGGGAAGAGCACAGGGUGGUCUGUGGGUUGAGGUAAUGAAACGCUUAGAUGGAGUGAAAUAUACUAUUUAUACAUAUAUCGGUUUUUUAAUUAUUGUGCUACUGUUAUUUAAAAGUGAAAUGUAUUUUUUGUUAAAUGUACAAUGGUCUCUUGGAUUGGAGUGGAGGUUAGUAAAUAUCUGACAAACCAGAUGUUAUUCAUAAAGCUAAAAAAUCAUAAAGCUAAUUAGUGGUCAACUAUCACGUAAGU